AUGGGCAUUAGGAGGCGAUUACAAGUUAUUCUCUGCUGUAGAAUCCCCAGCGAUGAAGGAAAGACAAGAAUUCAGGGCUUCCGCGUUCGGGAACUCGAGGCCAGCGAUGAUCCAGAAUCUUCACCACUAAAAAAUGCAUCCAAGAUGGAGCAAGGGGUAGAAGUAGUAGAUCGCAGCGACAAAUGUCUCAACAAGGAGAAAGAAGCACAAUUGGCAGCACUUGCCAGGAUCCAGGACAAGAUUCAAAAGAUCAUAGAGCGGUUGAGCUGCAAGGACGCGAAUCUGGCCAAGAGACCGUGGAGCAGUGCCAUGGAGGGAAGUGAGAGCCAGGGUCCCAAAUUCUGGGAGGAUCAAAUACAGGCUGCCAUUGCCAGGCUGCAAUCGCUAAGUGGAGAUUUGGCCGAGAGUUCAGCUCCCAGUAAAUAAAAUUCGUGGUGGCACGACACGUGGCAAAGUGCCAUGGUUUGCAUAUAUAAGGGGGUCGAUCUAGCAAUGCUUUUUGCAGGGGAGAGCUUGAAAUAUUAGCGUUUGGAUCUCCUGGUACCUCCAAAUGUGGCCGUUGGGCCUUGGAAGACUGUGACUAAGUUUCUAUGGCCAACUUCAUUGUGGUUUAGAGGAUAGUGUUAGAUAUACAGCCCCCCAAAGCUGGCCCAUAAAUCUUAACACCAAGAAGCAAUUGAAGCU